AUGUGUGUAGGUAGUGUAUGUGGCCUGCUCGCGUGUGCCCGUACGUGGAUGUUCCCUUUGUGUAGUAGCUCUCUCUCUGUGUACGUUGAUUGCGUCGUGGCUUCUGUUUUGCGCUGCUGCGGUUGUGAUUCGAUGUUGUUCUCGGUUUUCAUUUUCCUCCUCCGAUGCAUUCGUCACGUCAUUACUGCGAUUCACCCAUUUACCUUUCUAUAUGGAAAUGGCGCAAAGCAAGCCUUCUUAUAUAUACAGCCAGCGUCCAGACUCCUCAUGCAAGGAGGAGGGAAAAACGGCGGCAGUUACUUUGUAGCUUUACCACUUGUAGGCCACGUUGCCGUAUUGGGCGUUUAUGCACCGGCUCUUUCAACUUGGUUUUGUGGAGAGAGGUCUUGA